UAUGCAUAAAUGGCUGACACUAUGGUAGUGGAAUUCUCUUCUACUUUAAAUUAAAAAUCAAUCCUAAUAAUUUGUCUUUGAUGAUGAAUUUUACAAUCACCGCACGAUGUUUCCCAAAUUUAUGAACAUAAUUCAGGGCAUAGUUAAUUUUUAUGUUUAGUUGAUUUCUAUAGUUCUCUUCGAUGUGAAACCUCAAUAUGGGAUCUAUGUUGGCUACUUGUGGGAAUGCUCGAAGAGAAACAGCCUUCUCCACUUUUUACGUAAUUUUUCAUAGCAGAAAAUGUUCAUCAUACUUGAAAGUUUUAUAGUUGCUGUGUCAACGAGGAAGACUCAUCAUGUAUGCAAUGAAGAUUUUUUUAUUGAGCAGACAAACGUAAUUCAAGUAAGAUAUACGAUAUCUCUGUGAGGCAGUACAAUUUCUGUGUUGAGUGGUUCGCGAAAUACUGCAAGAAGAAUGACAAAAUAGUUAUUGGCCUUCCCCAUAUGACAUGAAGGAAGCAAUUCUUUAUGUUAUUAUGCAGUUUUCUAAAUUACAGAAUGCGUGUAGUAACACACAACGAAGUAUUUACUUGCACUUUUAGCCGUCUUGAGAUUUUGUAUGUAUUUUUUUGAAGUUUAUAUUGUAUUGUUUGAUAAUGAUCUACAUGAAUCAGAACUGGAGAGCUCUGCAUGACUGUUUUUUUACACUAUUACAUUGUGUCCUUUGGAAAAAUUAACCUAAAAGUGAAGGUUGGCCUGAUAACACCAAGUGAAAUGUGGAUAUUGAAUGGAUGUACUUUUGAUAAAAGGAGUAGGUAGUAAAGUGAUAUCAAUGUUAUUGAUAAAUAAAGAUUUUGUAUAUAUUGUGUUGAUUGGAAGAUGGCAGAAUCUACACCUCAUACCAAAAAAGAACAUCGGUGCAAUUCAUCAGUAAGUUUCUCACGUUCUCGAGGACCAAGUCAACAGGCAAGUGGCGAAGAUGAUGACAUUCAGAUAUCACUUGCUCCAUACAUUCAAAACUAUUUGGCUCAGAGUGGUCAGCGGUCGGGUUGUUGUGGCAUCUACCUACCUAUACCGUUUGAACGGGCAGCUAGCCGUUCCUGGUGGGACCCUCGUUUUGACUCUGAGAUACUUGAAGGCCAAUAUCGAAGAAGCUCAUUUCCUCAAGUGCGACUUCGGUUCCAGUACGCCCUUCUCUACAUCCUUGUUGUGUCUGUGUCAUGGUUCAUAUACUUCCUCAUAACUGGCCUCAAAGGAAAUACUCAACAUUGGAUUCCUGUCAUCAUAACAUUCACCAUUCUGUUCUUUAUAAUCGGAUCAGUUCUCAUUCUGACACACACAGACACAUAUAGGCAGUAUACAUUUCCAAUUUCAGUAUUCGUUGCUACGCUUAUUAGUGGACUGUCAUUAAUUUUUGUAGUUUUUGAUCCAUCUGUGGAAAAGUCCCCAGAUAUUACCCCUGUUGGACAAUUUUCCCUUUGUAUAGAAAUACUGCUUGCUAUUUACACUGUGAUUCCUUUGCCUCUUUAUAUGUGUGUAGCUAUCGGAGGAGCUUAUUCUGUAUUGUUUGAAUUCUUGACUCAUUACUUGAGUGCCGGAGAAACUUACGGGAACAUGGGAAAUGCCGGUAUUGCUGUGCGCGCCUUACUUCACUUGUGUGUUCAUUUCAUAGGCAUUCACAUUCUAAUAAUGACUCAUGUUCGUAUGCGUGGAACGUUUAUGAAAGUUGGACAAUCUUUGCUCGUCAGACGACAGUUAGAGAUGGAAAAGCAGCUUAAAGAGAAAAUGAUACACUCUGUGAUGCCGCCUAAAGUUGCUGAUUGGCUGAUGUCAGAAACGGGAGGUGGAAGGGAAGAUGAUGGAGGAAGAGAACGAGGUGACGAUACAUUGAGAUACUCUUCACGAGGUUCAAACCCAGGAGGAAGUGAUAUACGAUCGAUUUUUAGACCAUUCAAUAUGCUUCGCAUGGAAAAUGUGAGCAUUUUAUUUGCAGACAUUGUUGGCUUCACAAGAAUGAGUUCAAAUAAGACUGCCGAGGAAUUGGUGGACAUUUUGAAUGACUUAUUUGAACGAUUUGAUGACUUAUGUGCAACACAUGGCUGUGAGAAAAUCUCAACCCUUGGUGACUGCUACUAUUGUGUUGCCGGUUGCCCUGAACCAAAACCAGACCAUGCCAUGGCCUGUGUGGAGAUGGGGCUUGGGAUGAUUGGUGCCAUAAAGCAGUUUGAUGAAGAGAGGAAUGAAGGCGUGAACAUGAGAGUGGGUGUACAUACGGGUACUGUACUCUGUGGCAUUGUGGGUACAAAGAGGUUCAAGUUUGACGUCUGGUCCAAUGACGUCACACUGGCCAAUCAGAUGGAAUCAACAGGCAAGCCAGGACGCGUUCAUGUUUCAGAAGCUACACACAAAUUUCUUGGUGACACAUACUUGCUUGAAGAGGGACAGGUGGUGCAAGGACUCAAAACAUACUUCAUUCAGGGACGCAAGUCAGGUUCCUCGUGCGAGAACUUUGUUCACCAAAACGACAAUCCACCCCACAGUCCCCUUCCCAUUGUAGUGGCAACUCCAUCCUCCCCUCCCCAAUCACGACCGCACGUUUUCUCUUCUAAUUCAAAACACCGGCCGCAUUACCUUCACCUCAUGCCUUCCAGUUCGCUGGAUGACACCACGAACAGAAUGAAAGCAUGUUCCUUACCAAGUAUCCUCAAUUCUGACGUUGAUAAUGACGGCAGUCUGGAAGGUGAAGACGCAAGAGAUGUCAGCAAGAGUCCCACGUCCCUUGCAAGCUGCGGCACUGGCAGCAAGUUCUCUCCACUACACAUCACACCAUGGAAGCAUCCACCCAGAAAGUUUAAAAGAAAAUCAGGGGACAGUGGCAAGCUGGAGCAGAGUUUCCCACAUUCAACACCUCUGCUAAAAGAGCUGGAUUGCAGUCAAGUUAGUAGCGGGUACCAGCAGUUGGUGAACCCCAGUGAAGAAGGUGCAGCAGAAAAUACUGGGUCCCAGCUGGACGUCCCACCACCAAACGAAGAUCAGCUGAGCGUCUGCAUGUCUGUCAACAGUCGCAAAGAUUCUGGAAUUCGCAGUAACAGCAGACGAAGCAGCAUCCAGCAGCAGAUCUAUGUGAUGAAUGGAAUAGCUCAGGGAGAGCUAUUAACUCACCGUGUCAGUGGCUACUAUACAUCCAGCCAGUCUUCAAUAAAUGACACAGAUAACGACCAAGAAGUAAGGCGGAGCCAUCUGCCUCCUCCACUGGGGGACAACUUCAGCAUCUGUUUCCAAAAGCUGCGCAAACAGUCAGACCUACAGCUCAUCCGCUGCGUUCAGGAUGUAACAUCACAUCGUAGCUAUUUUGUGAAACCCCCGCUUUCUAGCAUCACCCUAUUCUUCCAUCAGAAGGAAAUGGAACGUGAAUACCGAGCCUGUGCCCACAGAGUUACGGAGAAGAAUGGAGACUCUCCUCCUACACUUGCAACGUCUCGUUUUAAUACCUACUUUGAUGUUCUCAUAUCCGCAUUGGUAUACACUGCCAUUGCAAUUUCCCUUUUCUUACUUUAUAGUGUGUCCCAUGCAUGGAUUGCAUUCUUCACAGUGGCAACAGCUGUUCAGAUUUUUGCUGUCUUGCUCUGUGUUCAACAGUUCCUUAAGCCAGUUCCAAUUUCUGACUCACACAAUAAAAUGGAUUUUUCACAUUGGCUGUUUGAUAAGUUUUCACAUUGGUAUCCAUGGCACGUUUGUGGUGCUGUUUUGGUAAGUCUGCCCAUAGCAUCAGUUCUAGCAAAUUUUACCUGUGGGAACUUUUCCUCCACGCAUGGUGGAGAUCUGUUUUACAGUUAUAUGUUAUUUGUGGGACUUGUUCAUUUCUGUAAUUUUACACAGUUAAACUGCUGGAUGAAAAGCAUUCUGGCGACUUUGGCCGCAAUUGUAUAUGUGUCUUUAGUAGCUAGUUAUACCUGUCCAUUUUUUUCAUUUGACUACUUCAGUCAUGGACCUGGAAAAAUUGUUACCCACAAUGCAACAGCUGGAUUGGUCAAGCUGUCAGUCAAUCAUAAUCAAAGCACUGUUGCAGAAUAUUUUGAAAAACAACAUGAUCAUCGCAAUUUCAAUCUGUAUUACGGAGAGAUUUUCCUUGAUGUUUUGUUGUUGCUUAUUUUAGUUUGGUUCUUAAACCGAGAAUUUGAAAUCAGUUACAGAUUAAGUUUCCAUGGCAACAUGGUGGCUGCUCGAGACAAAGCUCGAGUUCAGAGCAUGAAGAACCAAGCUGACUGGCUCCUGCACAAUAUAAUUCCAAAACAUGUUGCUGACCAGUUAAAAAAUACUGCUAAGUACUCCGAAAAUCAUCAUGAUGUUGGUAUUAUCUUCGCUAGCAUUGUUAAUUUCAAUGAGAUGUAUGAUGAAUCGUACCUCGGAGGUAAGGAGUAUCUGAGAGUUCUGAAUGAACUAAUAGCAGAUUUUGAUGAUCUGUUAACAAAACCAGAGUUUCGAAACAUUGAAAAAAUUAAAACCAUUGGAAGCACAUUCAUGGCUGCCUCUGGACUGAAUCCUGCAGUUCGACACCAGAAUAAGCAUCCGAACCAACACCUGUUUGAGCUUAUGGACUUUGCCAUGUCAUUACAGAAAGUGAUUGAUGAUUUUAAUCGAGACCUGCUUGAAUUUAACCUUGUCUUAAGGGUUGGGUAUAAUUUUGGGGAUGUAACAGCUGGUGUUAUAGGGACCACUAAGCUUUAUUAUGACAUCUGGGGUGACGCUGUCAAUAUUGCCAGCAGAAUGGAUUCCACUGGAGUUCGGGGAAGGAUUCAGGUUGGGGGCGCUUGUGUGCCUGUUCUUUCAGAACGUUACGAAUUUGAACCACGCGGUUCUGUGUAUGUGAAAGGUAAAGAUAAUAUGAAUGUCUUCCUAGUGAAAGGAAAGCGUGGUGAUACAGGUAUUGAUGAUGGUUGAGGAACAUUCUUCAUGCUUUUAAGUUUAUAUCAUUUUAUCUGAAUCAUCAGAUUGGAAGCAACAUUAUGGGUUCUGUUUCUUGAAAGAAUCCAUUUACUUAUGGAUUACAUGUUCAUAAAAAUGAACUGUGGAAAUAUGUGAACCCAGAAGCCUCUUAUUUUGGCAAGUGUAUGACUUCUGCCAUGCUAUUGUGUCAUGUCUUGCCAACCUAAAAUGAUAACUUAUUCUUACAAACCUGCUGCUUUCUUUCCAUUUGAUGGGUGCAUCAGUAGAUGUGGCUGGUUUUUGUCUCUCUGCAUCCUGUGGUACAAACAUGAUUGUGAUAACUAGUCGUUGAAUUUUAAAUGCCAGCAGUUUUCCACUUAAGGCUCACUGUGCAGUAGGUAGUUGUGUUGUACUGUGAGAGUUGCAGCCUACUUUUGUUCAUCAUUUUGAAUCAGUAUUGUAAUAUUACAAAUUCUUUGCACAAAGUAUGUGAGAUAAAUACAUAGUGUGGAGAUAACAAUCGUGUGGCCACACACUUGACUUGUGGUAUGUGGGUUGGGAGGGAGGAGGUUUCUAAAUUAAAAUUUAUCUGAAAAAUUUAAUUGUGGCCCACAUCAGUUUAAUAUUGCGCCAGUUUUACAUGAGACUGAAAUCAUGCUUUCAUGUGACAGAAUAUAGUACCAUUACAAUCUACAACUUUUAUUUGAAACGUUUUCCAAUAUGGUGAAUAUUUAACAAGAGAAAAGCAAAAUAUGUUAAGAAAACUGUCACACAGAAGGAAGGAAGAAAAUGGGAAUAUAUUGAGGAAGGAGGAACUUUGAGAAGAGAGAGAGAGAGAUGGAGAGGCUUAGUUGCCAGAUUGACCCAAAUAAGUGGAAGUGUCUAUGGAUCGAGAAGAAGAAGAAGACAAAGGGUAAACAAUUUCUUACUCUCUAGCCUGUGAUGCCUUUAGUGUCAUCAGCUUUGAAUGGUAGAUAUUUAUGUGUAUCAAAUUAAUAUCAAGACCAGUGAUAUAUGCAGAAUAAGGAAGAAUAUACGUGGAAGAUACAUGUACUCCAUAAAAGUAUAAUAUCCCACCCUUAUAGUUCUGUGGAUUUAUGUAAAAUAACAGAAGACAGCCCUAAUAUAAUAAUAAUAAUAAUAAUAUAUUAUAUUACAUUGUAGUAGGUGCUAUUUUAUGCUUUGCUUUUGUUUUCUGGUGUAGGUUUUUAUGUCUUGGAAGUUGAAAAGAUGUGAAUUAUAUACUGGCAGUAAAGUUAUUCUAUAUUAUUGAAGCUAUAAAUAUUUUAAACAUUUAUCUAUUUCAAAAUGGACUGAACACUUAAUUUCAAUAAUCGUGGUUCCUGUGUUAAAGUGGAUAUGAUAUACCAUGUCAUGUCAUGUAUUUAUAUCAUUAAUUUGGGAAGUAUGCUGCCAUUUGUAGAUAACUUUAUGACAUUUGAGUGUUGUUCGAAUAAAACCCGUUAAGUGAUUUUCUCAGUGAAGGAAUAGAAGCUGUUAAAAUUUGUCAUCAUGGGCUGAGCAGACAUCCCACUGAUGCAACAACUGGUGGUUCCAAUCUGCAAAGAAAUCCCAUAACUGCUGCAUCACUGUGGCCCAGCCAAACUUACAAACAGGUUCCAUUUGAACAACCCUCAUACUCUUAUGUCUUGCAAUUGAGAGGCAGUGCUUCAUGUUACAGUUGAAGGAAUAUCCAGCACAUUGAUUGAAUUUUGUGGGUCAUGCUCCUGUCUUGCAUUUAGAAGACCCAAGGUUUGUUUCUUAGCCUGCAGUAUGGCUGUCCUGACAUGGAUUUCCGGAGUCCCUCCAGUCAAAUUGUGGAACAUUACCUUAAUGACCACUUUCUUUGCAGUCUUUCCAUUUCAUCAUAUGUAAUCAUCAUCCUGUUUGACAUUACAUUCACUUGUUAAAGAAAGUAUCAAUUGUAAGUAAGUCUCUAGUAAAAUUCAAGCCAUUAACAUAUGAUGGGUCAUAACAACAUGCUUUAUACUGACAUUUCCUGAAAAAUGUAAUGGAGUACAUUACCUACAAUGUUCAAGAAUGGCUGGAGUGCAAAAUUUUAACUAAGCAGAAACUAAAUCACAUACAAAAGGUCUCGCAAUGAAUGUUGACAGAAAUGUAUUAAAUAUGUCCAUCUAUAAGUGAGACCAUUGUCCAAGGGUGUAGUUCAAAGUGCCAGAUUGAAAGAAAUGGGUACAAAUCGUGAUAUGAAGCCAUUCUCAUUACCUAACAAUAGGUUUACACUUUUAAAUGCAGACUUAUACAACAAACAGCUUAUGAAACACACAUAGUUAAAGUUGCUGAUGCUUCAGGACCGGAAACUGAGCAAGGUGAAAGAACUUCAUGUUUCACAUUAGUGUGACUGAAAAACUGAAGAAGCUGUAUCAUACUGCGAGGGCAUCAAUUUUCUAUUCCUGUGAUACAUAUUAAGCUCUUUAUGAGCAACAGUACCAACCCUGUAGACAGGUAGCUCUUUACAAAUGAAAGAUAUAUUGACUCACGUGAAAGUAUUACAUUUUUAGCAAUGCAAACGGUUUGUAAACCAUUAGUUUACAUCACAUAAGCUUAUAGAGUCUUGUACAUUUCCUCAUAAGUGCAACUGUGAUUUAAGUAUGGGUGUGCCCAAGAUGUCUGCAGGUUAUGAAAUGUAUUUAAUCCUUUCAUUGCUAUGAUUAAACUGUUUAUUGGCUGGAUAACUAAGGUCUGAUUUCUGGCAGAGGCAGGAUUUUUCUCUUUGUUGGCCAUUUCAAAUUGGCUCUGGGACACACAUAAUUUUGUUUCCUGUUAGCCCCAGAAGCCCUUUCUCUGGGUCACAUAGUAGCCAGAGUGCAAAACCAACCACUAACCUCCAACCAAUGCUUAAAAUGUGUAGAGCUUUACUUUCGCGUGCCCUCCACACCUUCAUGGUGUGGUGCUUAUACACUGAAGCAACUUUGCUGCUUACUGCCAUAUGCAGAACUCUUCUGCUUCUGAUACUCAAGCCACAGAAAGAAGUCCCACUGUCUACCUGCUCUUCUGUUACCCUCCAGCAGAUUAUGGACAAAGUAGGCCAGUCCAGAGCCCUUGUUGCUAGUGAAAUUAUCAUUACAAACAUUGCAUGACCAGAAUUGUUGCAGCUGGAAGGGAAUGUAGGGGAGUAUGGUGGGGGUCAAUCCAUGAGAUCCCUUCUGUGGUCACAGCAUAGGAGCACAUGCUGCAUAAUGGGCAGAAUUAAAUAAAUUUAUGGCUUAAUUGUAAUAUUAAUUCUUUGUUUUAUUACAUUUUGUAUCUCCGUCUGGACACUGACUGCCCUGACUUAAGUUUCUGUGGAUUUCCUGAGUCCCUUGAGGCAGACUUCAGGAUAGUGCCAUAAAUUAGUUCAGAACCAAUCAAUUGUUUAUUCAUUAUUCAGUACUAUCCAAUGCUAUAUUGAGUUACUAGAGAGUCUUUAAAUAAACUACAGCUAAUUAAAUGUCAUUGGAGUCAGAAAUAUAAUAAAUUAUCUUGGAUACAAAUUGAACUUUUAAUGUAAAUUCGUAAGCUUGGAUGAAAUAUUGUGUUGGUGCCAAAAUUCUGGAAAUUGGAUAAAUAUUGGCCAACACACAGCUGAUCAAAUGUUGCAGUUGAGUGGUGCACUGCUGACACAUGUUCUGGUAUGACUAGACCCACAGACUGGCUUCUGACUGAGGUUUUCCUCAGUCUUCUAAUACUUUAAAAUAGGAAUGAUGGUUUCCACAUUGUGGUCAUCUUCCCAUUUGAUGCUGUAUAAACCUGUACAGUUGAGAACAUGGUAGAUGAGCUGAGAAAAAUACAAGUGACAUUCUUCUUCAACAGUGAAAGGGUUAAAUCAAUAAUGAAACAACUAAAAGUUGCAGUAUUUAUGUUGUUUAUUUCUCAUGUUAAUUUUAGCGAGUGUUGAUGUAAUUUUUGUGUGUCAGUACUGGAUUCUGUAAGGGCUAUGGACUUUGGAAUAUGAGAAUUUUAUAUGCUUUUAUUCUUUAUUUGUAUUUCUGCAUUUUAGCAGUAAGGUCGUAUGGAUUUUCAGCCAUAUAGUACAUGUCUCCAUCAUGUGUUUAGUACUGACUAAUUUGUACUCACCUUUAUAUUGUGCAAUGAUUGUAGAUGCAACUGUAAAGUGAAUAUAUAAAGUAUAACUUUUUGUUUUAUUUUAAAGAGCGUCAGGGCUACUUGAAUGAAAUGAGAUCUGAGAUUCUCGAAGCAAUGAAUAUUAAGAUUACAGUCUUCUGGGUUGUAUUGUAUACUUGUAUUUUUUA